AUGGAAGUUAUCAAGGAACUCCAUGCUGCUGUGGCAGUUGCUUGUGAGGCUUCCUUCGAUAAUGCCUACAAACAGAUGAAAUCUCACCUUGGUUCGCACGCGAAAGAGACCGGAGUCAAACAGGCACUGGCCAGACAAUCCCAGCUACAAACUGAGACCAGAAUCCGCGAGCUUCAGGAUGAUAUCGCCAUACUCCAGAGUGAACUACAACAAUAUGAGGUUGAUCCGCGAGACCUCGAGCUCCCCAAGGAAUACGCCAAUCUAGAGUCUGAAUUUGAUCCAAAGAAUCUAUGGGGAAGUGACCUGGAUGAUGACCACUGCGAUGUGCAGAAAUCUCGGAAGAGAGUCGAGGCCAAGUACACUGCCCUAUAUACCAAUUUACAAACAUUCAUCCAAACUUGGAGCGGUCUCAAAACCCGCAUAUUGCAGCAUAAAAUGAAGCUACGGCGAUGGGAACAGCAACUAGAGUGUGAAGAAUUUUCGCUUGUUCUUAAUGGCAAACGAGUCAAAUUUCGCAGAGUGCUAAGCCCCAUUUCUGACGAAUUUGACGAAGGACACUCGCAGACCAUCCAGGGCUCCUCGAGGAAGCGGCCAAGAGCAGAGUGCUCGACUCCUCCAGACAAAGCUACCAAGCUAUCACACAAGGGGUCAUGUGCAUCUGAGGUGGACACAGCCGUCAAACUCGAAGAUGACCAAACCCCAACACGCGCCCCGACACCAGAACCGGCUUCCACUCAGUCUAGCUCCCCUAGAUCUGAAGUGGAACCGUCACGAUUCCCUGCACCAAUUCGCCCCCAGGCCAAUGUUUGCCUGCAGCAGACGAGGCAGGGGCUUUCACCGAUUCCUGUCAGAAACUCCGGACACACCCAGCCGGACAUGAGCUCCGAGCGCCCUGCUGUUGUCAAGAAUGAGUUGUUGUCCUCCAGCCCUCUUCGGACUUCAAUACACCACAGUGAACAGCCGUUUGUCAGUACGCAAGAUCUUGAUGAGAUAGGCGACAAAAUACAAACACCCAUGAAACGAAAAGCCCACCGUGAUAUUCAGGUUGCGAACACUUUGGAGACAGACAACAGCACAAACAACGCAUGUCGCUCGAAGCGUAUUUGGAACAAGUUGCCAGUUCAACGGGGCUCUAUACUCCAACCAGUCGACGGCAAUGCGCGCAUCACCACCUCUGCACAAGGGUCUUCGACCAAGUGCCUUGAAUAUUUGGAGCGACGUGCCAUACCCGCCCUGGCAGAAGAUGGCGAGGAUCAAAGAUCUUCGAAGUUUAGCCCUGGCGUCAAUCUUGGUCCCUCGAACACGAAGACCAAUAGUGGGUGUGCACAAAGGCGUCUAGAAGAUCUCCUUGAAAAGUCAGUUCCGCCCAAAUCGGCACUCCACAACUCGACCAAGUGUUCCGGGUCCGCUACAAGGAAGGCUGUUACACCCGACUCUGACCAAACGACGUCUCGGAAUGCGAGUGAAUUGGUCCCGAAUAUAGAUCCUGACGAUGAACCAUUCAGAGCAAGACCUCUUCGUUGCCUCGGGCUGGAACAUUUCAAAAUCAAUCCGGCUAGAAACCAAGGGCUUGACUAUGCAUAUGACACAGUCGUGCGAAAAAAGAAUGAGCGCAAAUGCAUGUCGGGGUGUACUCGGCCUGGAUGUUGUGGGGAUCGUUUCCGAGCCAUGGCCCGCGUUGGAGGCAUCCCCGGUAAAUCUGGGGCAGAACAAGAAGAAGAUCGGGCGAUACUAAGAGAAUUCUUGGGCCCGAAUUCGCAAUUGCUCCAGAACCUGAGCGGCGAAGAGCGCGAGAAUCUCCUGGUGGAAGCGAGAGCAAGGGCCUUAGCCAACCAGUAUGGACGACAUCGACACACCCACCAACGAGCUCAAUCUCCUCCCGGGUUUUGGCGAACUGACAUGCCAGACACGCAAGAGGAGGAAGAUGACCUCGAAGCUGCCAAGAAGUUGGAACGCGAGAAGGUGGAGGAACGAUAUCGAGAGGCUAUGCGCCCGGGGGGACUAUGGACAUGGGCGGAUGAAUAG